AAGUACAUAAAAAUUUCUAUAAAAAAAAGUACAUAAAAAUUAAUUAUUUAUCAGAAAAAUAAUAGGAAGGGUUUUGGGGUGAUAAAAGUUUGACGAAUCACGCACGGUUGUGGUGAGUGAAUACAAAUGCGAGCAGUUCUUAUUCUGUGGGCGCCUCCAGGAAGAUGUACACACAGAAACGUGGCCAAUCGAACAACCAAAGCUUAGAGUCAACAUCGAAGAAAGAGCCCUGGGUCUUGCCCUUAAUGUUUUAAUCACGUAAUAAUAUUAUUCGAUAUUCGAAAUAUAAAUCUUUUUUUCUUUUCCUUUUUUCGAGUCCUCAGAAAAAAAAAAAAAACGCCGCUUGGAACAUAAAAGGCGAGACACGACACGAUGCGGAAAUUCGCAGCUGGCAGGCUUAAAAACGCUCUCACCCGUUAUCUUAAUAACCAUACCAAUCUUUCUUCUUCUCAAUCACGCUUUCUCUCAUCCAAAACUGUACUUGAUUCUGCUACUUCCAUGGCUGACCCUUCUUCCUCUCCUGUCACUCUCCAAACUAUCAAUCCCAAGGUUCUGAAAUGUGAGUAUGCUGUUCGAGGUGAAAUUGUCAACAUUGCCCAGAGGCUGCAACAAGAAUUACUGGACAAGCCUGGUACUCUUCCAUUUGACGAGAUACUUUAUUGCAAUAUUGGAAAUCCCCAGUCUCUUGGCCAGCACCCGAUAACAUUUUUCCGAGAGGUUCUUGCGCUAUGUGAUUAUCCAUCCAUUUUGGACAAAAGUGAAACACAGGGCUUGUUCAGUGCAGAUUCCAUUGAGCGAGCUUGGAAAAUUCUAGAUCAAAUUCCAGGAAGAGCCACUGGUGCUUAUAGUCACAGUCAGGGUAUCAAGGGUCUACGUGAUGCAAUUGCUGCUGGAAUUGAAGCUCGCGAUGGUUGUCCUGCUGAUCCAAAUGAUAUUUUCUUAACUGACGGUGCAAGCCCUGCGGUCCAUAUGAUGAUGCAAUUGCUGAUUUCGUCAGAGAAAGACGGAAUUCUUUGCCCCAUUCCUCAGUACCCUUUAUACUCUGCCUCAAUCGCCCUUCAUGGUGGCACUUUGGUUCCUUAUUAUCUUGACGAGGCAUCUGGGUGGGGACUAGAGACUUCUGAGCUUAAGAAACAACUAGAGGACGCCAAAUCCAAAGGCAUCAGUGUCCGGGCCUUGGUUGUUAUAAAUCCAGGCAACCCAACUGGUCAGGUUCUUGCUGAAGGCAACCAGCGGGACAUUGUGGAAUUCUGCAAGAAAGAAGGUCUAGUCCUGCUGGCAGAUGAGGUAUAUCAGGAAAACGUUUAUGUUCCCGACAAAAAGUUUCACUCUUUCAAAAAAGUUUCCCGGUCCAUGGGAUAUGGAGAGGCAGAUAUUUCUCUGGUGUCCUUCCAGUCAGUCUCUAAGGGAUACUAUGGGGAGUGUGGAAAGAGAGGAGGCUACAUGGAAGUUACAGGAUUUAGUGCUGACAUAAGGGAACAAAUAUACAAAAUGGCAUCCGUAAAUCUUUGCUCUAAUAUUUCUGGUCAAAUUCUUGCAAGCCUCGUAAUGAGUCCACCCAAGGUUGGAGAUGAAUCGUACGAUUCAUACCGUGGCGAGAGAGAUGGCAUUUUAUCAUCCCUUGCAAGGCGAGCGAAGACACUGGAAGAUGCAUUGAACAGCUUAGAAGGCAUAACAUGCAACAAAGCAGAAGGUGCGAUGUAUCUCUUUCCCCAGAUCAACUUGCCCCAGAAGGCAAUUGAAGCUGCAAAGGCUGCAAAAACAGUACCUGAUACAUUCUAUUGCCGUCAACUGCUCAAUGCCACCGGAAUAGUAGUUGUUCCUGGUUCUGGCUUCGGGCAGGUUAGUGUUGUAAUUAUAUUGUCAGCCGAAAAUGACAUUCCUUUUUCGUAUUUAGAUUUGACAGUUUUAACAUGGUUUGUCUUUGUUUAUUUACUUAAACAGGUCCCAGGCACUUGGCAUUUUAGAUGCACAAUACUCCCUCAAGAGGACAAGAUUCCGGCCAUAGUGACCCGGUUGACUGACUUCCACAAGAAAUUCAUGGACGAGUACCGUGAUUGAAUGAAAAUGCUAUCGAGUGGAUACGGAGAUAAUAGCGGGAAUAAUAAGGUAGGUUUGCCUUUCAUUAUGCAGAAAGAAGCUUUGUAAUGGGGAAACAAACAUUAUAGACAGCACCAUUCCGUUGUCUUUGGAAUAUAAUCACCUCGGUAUUGUUUGAUUGAUUAUUGGACAAUACUUGAGGAUGAUUAUCAUUCGUUUCAUUUUUCUUGGCUUUCUCUGUUUACAUAAUAAUUUAAACAGCUACUAGUACUAUCUAACUAUUAUAUUAUUGAAAUAUGAUUGGAAGGAAAGUUCUUUUGUCCUUUUUUCAAA